CGAAGGACUAAAAUGGGCUUUUGUCUGUCGUCUAUUCCAAGAAAAAUAUCCAAACGUUGUUUUCACCGAAGUUGAUUUCUCCUCAGAAGAAAACAGCUUCCAGCUGCAGUGAUCUCAGCAACUCUGACACACGCAGCCGCAAAAAAAAAACAUUUGACACUGGAAAACUGUCAGGAGACACAGUGAGAGACCAUGACGACGCUGCUGGACCUGAAGAGCAGUGUGCUGAGGCAGGUGCAGAGGAGCCAGUCUCUGAGGGGCCGCAGGGAGCCGACCCCCACCCCCAGCAGCCCCCUCACACACUGCCCCGACCCAUUGCCCCGCAGGAUUUCCGAGGAGAGCGUGGAAUUCUUUGAGCGUGUGAAUGCCAUCCUUCAGAAGCAGGAGAACAUGCUGCGGGCCGCCCAGGCUGAGGGUCAGAAAGGGGCCUGCACCGUGCCCCCCCCGCAGGAGCAUGUGGACCAGGCCUUUAUCCCCGACAGAAUCAGGAGAACGGAGCUGGACCUGCUUUAUGAGGAAGCUGUUUACACGGUGGUCAACAGGGUGGGAGUGCCAUCGCCUGAACACGUGAUCACUGAUGAGGAGCUGUUUGCUUACCUGAUGAAGGUGUUUGAUAUGGGCGAAGAAGAACAUGAUAUUAUUCUCCAAAAAGUUCAAGAAGCCAAGCGAGCCAGUUUUUCUUUGAGAGUGUCUGUUGUGAAGGCAAAGAGUCUGAUGGCCAAGGACGCAAAUGGGUACAGCGACCCCUACUGCAUGCUGGGAAUCCUGCUGGGCCAGAGCCCGAGGGAGACGGAGGAGAAGAAGGAGAGGAAGUUCAGCUUCAGGAAGAAAAAGGACAAGCUGGAGAAACGCUCCAGCACCAAGGAGGUGUUACCGACCGCCUGCAUCCAGGUGACGGAGGUCAAAGCGGAGACUCUGAACCCGGUGUGGGACGAGCACUUCCUGUUUGAAAUAGAUGAUGUCCACAAUGACCUCUUACAUCUUGACAUAUGGGAUCACGACGAUGAUGUGUCUGUUGCUGAGGCCUGCAAAAAGCUCAAUGAAGUCAGUGGACUUCGAGGAAUGGGCAGGUAUUUUAAGCAGAUAGCAAAGUCAGUGCGCUCCAAUGGAUCUGCAUCUUCAGGCUCCGAGGACAACGCCGAUGACUUCCUCGGAUGCAUCAACAUCCCUCUGAAUGAGAUCCCAAUCGUGGGCUAUGACACCUGGUUUAAGCUGGAGCCUCGAUCGAGCACGUCUAAAGUUCAGGGAGAAUGUCACCUGAUUCUGAAGCUGUUCACCAGUCAGAGGGACACAGCUUUGUCUAAGAAAGACUCAAAUGUCUCCAUUCACAAGAAACUGCUGAGUCAGAUCGUGGAGUAUGAGCAUGCACAUGUUAAGAGAGAGCCGUACAAUUGGAACGGGCAUGUCUGUCCUCCAGCAUGGACCGUGCUGACUCACCAUGCUGUGCAAACUGAUCUCUCCCCCCUGCAGCAGGCCAUUAUUCGCUGGCAGUGCUACAGCAGCCACCAUCGGACGCAGAGGGUGUGCUACUCCCUGCUGCUGCGCCUCCUGAGGACCAUCGAUGCCGAGUGGGACCCCGUCACUGUGAGGGGAGACCUGGAGCGGCAGCUGUCAGACAGCUUCAGGCUGUACACUGAGCACUGCCUGUGCCUGAUGAAGAACAUGCGGCAGGUUUUCCCCUGCACCAGCGCCGCUGCCAUCACACGCUACGAGCUCAUGCUGAGGGGGAUUGGCUACAUGCAGAACAUGCAGGCGUUUAAAACUGUGUGUCCUCUUCGUAAUGAUCUGCAAUUGGACAUCACCACCGCUGCCAAGAAAGGGACCGUGGAGUGGUACGAGAGCAUAAUUGCGCGAUAUAAGCCAGAGGAUGGGACUCUGGAGGAGCAGCUGAAGAAGCUGGUGCAGGUGGUCGAUGCCGCGUGUGCGGACGUGCAGAGGAGCCAGAACAUUUACAACACACUGUUCUCCAGUGCGGUGAAAGUAGAUUUCUUCAGCAUUUCAUACAGGCAGCUGGAGAAACAGGUUGCCGAUGAUGUGAACGUAGCGAUGGAGCGUGUCUGUGGUACUCUGGAGCAGGAGAGCUCCAGACUGACGCAGACAAUGGGAGAGACCAUCUUUGAGCUCUUCAUGUCCUUGAAAAUCCUCAAAGGCUUUCGGGAGUUUCUGCCUCUCAAGGAUGCUAAAAUGUUGGCCUUGACAGGCUUUCAUAACUGGUUCAAGUCCUCCAUUCAUAAGUGGCUGCAGAUCAUCCAUGACCGAUCUUGUGACAGAAUUCGUAAAGCAGUGGAAAUGGACAAGCUCGAGCCGCUGCUGCAGGCCAAACACAGCUCCUCAGCAGUGGAGGUGACCACAUGCUUCAGCCAGGUACGACAGAUCUGGCUCCAGCUGGCCUGGCCAGACUCUGCGGGGGCCUUCAUCUUCGUCACGCGUUUGACAGAUAAUUUCUGCAGCGAGGCUGUGUGCUACUCCGAGAUGAUGACACGCAAGGUGGAGAGGAACCAGCAGGGCCGAGACUAUAAGAGCUUCACCGUGCAGCUCUGCGUGGCGCUGAACAACACGGAGCACGUGCGGGUCUUCCUGGCUCACCUGCCCCGGGACCUGGACUGGCAGGGGGUGGAGCGGGCCAUGGAGGAGUCCUGUGGGGUGGAGGGGAAGGAGCAGGUCUACAAGGCUCUCAAUGGGCAGCUGUUCAACAUGGACCUGGACCUGCAGAGGGAGGCCAAGCGUCUCAUCACGCUGCUCACAGACAAGAUGCUGCCUGAGCUGCGGAGGUACAUCCAGCACAUCAGCCUAUCACCAGACUCCAUCAACAAUGACGACGCUGUGUCCCCUCUUAUGAAGUACUUACAAGACACUAUGGUCAUCCUCACUGAAAACCUUGUAAAGGAGAAUCUGACUAGAGUUCUCCAAAGCCUGUGGGAACUCCUCCUGAGGAUGAUCCUGGACGCGGUGGCAGAAAACAGAGGCAUUCAGGUGGAGUUCUACAACCGCUUCCAGUACACAGUGGAGACCCUGUUGCAGUUCAUGCAUGUCAAGGGAGAGGGUCUUACACUGGACGACAUGAAGAGUGGAGAAUACAAGGCCCUGGAUGAGGAGCUUAAGAUGAAUAAAUGUUCCUCCUUUGAGCUGAUUGAACAGUACUAUCUGGAGAAGAUUUCCCUACAGAAAACACUUAAACAUACCCGUUUUGGUCGGAUCAGUGUGAAGUGUUACUAUGACGCUCCGGAGCAGAGACUGACGGUGGAGAUGCUGCACGCUGCGGAUAUUAUUGCACUAGAUGCUAACGGUCUGAGUGACCCAUUUGUCAUAGUGGAGGUCUGUCCUCACCACCUGUUCCCUAUGGCCAAGAGUCAGCGCACGCAAGUGAAACUGAAGACCCUGCACCCAGUAUUCGACGAACUGUUUUACUUUCACGUCAGUCCGGAACAGUACAGACACAGGUUUGCCUGUUUGACGUUCACCGUGAUGGACUACGACUGGCUUUCCACCAACGAUUUCGCCGGAGAAGCCGUGGCUCCUCUCAGCGACUUCUGCUGGCCGGGGAGACCAAACGCUUCAGCCGCCGGCAAGAGCGUCCAGCCUGCCAUUCUCCAUCUGUCUCGCAGUAAACCCAGCGAAAAGCCAAUCAUGAGGAUGCUGGACGCUCGCAUCGGAGACAGGGAGGCUCAGGAGUUUGUCCGCAGGCUGAAGGAGAUUGAGAAGUCAAUGGAGGAGGAGUAAGAGCUGUCAGCCAGUGCUGCCUGUGUUGGUGUUUUCUGACCACGUCUUGCGACAAUGUGCUUUUGUACUGGUACGAUGUUUACGAUAUUUACCAUUUUUUCCAAUGUUAUCGUUUGUUCAGUAAUUAUACCAAAAUGAAAAGAGAAAAAAAGGGAAAUCAGUGAAGCCUAUCGCUGUGUUUCUCACUGGGAGAUGAACAUCCUGUCACUGUGCAACCUUAUGCUGUCUCACUUAGAAUUCAAUGGAUAGUUGAUACUAAACGUUACUAGUCUAUAUUUUUUUGUAUUGAGGUAAUCGUUAUCUUGUCGUAGGAUCUUUGAUAUGAUAGAUUUAACAUUUCAGAACUAUUUUGUGGGAGUAGCUUAUGUAUCCUAUAGUAUUUAAAGUCUAAAUCUAUACCUCAGAUAUGCACAUUAGUUGCAGGGGAGUUUAAUAGAGACUUUUAAUCCUCCAUGGAAAUUGUGAAGAUCAAUGGCAUAAAAGCCUAUUUAGGAUGUGAAAGCUUGAAGCCACAUCAAUUUUCCUGAUCAAACUGUGGCUUACUAAGAAACAGCUAUGAAUAAAGAUAUCUCUGUCAUGAGGGAAAUCAUGACGACACAUGAAAGCUUUGGGGGAUUGCCCUUUGUGAGAGUUGGUGUUGUAAGGUCCAGCAGCAUGGGGCAUAACUGUCCCCUCAGGCACUCAAGUUUAUUCCACUUUUCAGAUUGCUCUUGACAAAACGAAUUGUCGUAUGUGAAGAGGCCAAAAAACAAUUAUCUUAACUUAGAUUUGUCUUGCUGUCUUUCACCAGUGAGAUAACGUACCUGGAUUAAGUUAUGUGAUGUGUGUGAUCGCAACACUGCGCUAAUCUAAGUUGUACAAAUCAGCACAUUGACAGAAACCAAUUCAUCUGUCAUUUGAACAAUGAUCAGGUUCAUUAAAAGAAUUGGUAUCCCAAUGAGGAAGUCACUUAUCAAAUCAAAUCAAAUCAAG